AAAACCUGUGGGGUUCUAGCACAGUCGUGACAUAGCGCGAAGCUGCCUUAGCGGGAGCGCCUGUUUGUAGAAGCACUAUAACAGCGACUUGUACACGCACAUAGGUGUAGUACUGUAUAGUUCCUUUCUUUAAACUAUAAGUACGGCGCACACAGGACGGCGAAGAACCUUGCUGAGAGCAGAUCGCUAUGGCGAACGUUCAAAUCCGAAAGCUUCAAGAGAAUGACGAAGGCGGAGCCCGGAAGUUUGUCUGUCAGGAGUUUUUCCGCUUGGAUCCUUUGAGUCGAGCAGUGAAUCUAGAUGCAGAAGUGGAUGGAAACCUGUGGCUGAAUGAAGCCUUCCCGUCAUUCCUAAGCGAUGGUGUCUCCAUGGUAGCCAUUGACACGAAAACAGGGGAAAUAAUUGGUAUCAGAUUUGCCGCCAUAGUCUACAAGGACAAACCAGAUGUCAUGCCGUUUUCCCUGGAUGAUCCAAAAACGAGAAGACUGGCAAGGCUUUUCGAAGGUCUAGGCAGCGUUCACGCCGGUGAAAAUAUCUUUGAGAAGUAUGGCGUGGAUAGAUACGCGAGUUUUCGAGGGCUUGGGGUGGCGGAGAAGUACCAGAAGCAGGGGAUUGCGUCUAGACUGGUUGAUGGUACACUCAACCUAAUUCAAGACAAAAACAUCCGACUAGUCAUUGCUGAGGCUUCCAGCCAGUUUUCUGGGCGAAUUUUUGAAAAGUUUGGAUUCAAAAAAGGCAAGCAAAAUAACUACGACUCGAUGGUCCUGGGUGGUUUACCUUUGGUCAUGACAGAGGAACUUGAAUACCACAAAGGAAUUGCUCAGUAUAUAAAGACAAUGUAAAAUUUCAAAGUUGAAUGGAUGGUCUUACAGAAUAAACUGUAAGAAAUCAUUCCAAAACAUACACAGGGCACUGUCAUUUCUUAUGAUUUCGGCAUGGAAUUUCAGUGAAUGUGCCUGAUGUUUUAGCAGUGGGUUGACAGUCAGGUAACACUGUGAAUAUUUCGGUAUUGUGCUUCAUGUGUCCCACCUGGCGGUCAGAUAUUCGGCACGUUCUGUCAACUUGUCGGCAUUGUGACUGGUGUCUUCGGCAUGGCGUUUUAAUGAGCUGAAAUCAUUAACGAUGUUGGAAUACUGCUGUGGAGAGAUUUCUUCUGGAAGAAGGCUAUGUGAGCUGACAUUCCAAUGCACAGGAGAGCAAUGUAGAGCUUAGGAUCUUACGACUAAAGGCAAUUUUGAUCGCGAGUACUGAUUUUGCAGACAACCGAAUUUAGGUAAAUGACUAAAAACAUACAUUCUGUGUGCAGUAAUAGCGAACACGGAAGUACACCCAUGAUAAACUUCAUCUAAUUUAUCUACUUCAUUUUGUACAUUGUAUGCCUUUCUUGAAAUACACUUAUGGGUGUAUUUGUGGGUUUCGCCGGGCCUGUGCCCUUAUUCCUUCUACCAUAAUACAGGCCGCGGUCGUAUAAGUAAAAUAUUGUUGAGUACUGAGUGAAAAACAACGAAAUAAAAUAAAUAAAUAAACCUUUGGUUGUAUAAUUUUUAAUGUGGAUAAUUAUUCAUUUUAGAAAAUUAUUCUACCGUAUGUUUUCGUACAGGUUA